GGAAAGGUGGGAAUCUGAAAGGUGGGAGAACUUGCCAGAGUGAAGUAAAGGAGGCAAGAAAGGUGCUUUCUCUUCUGCAAAGCCCCCUAGGUCAGCAUCAUGAUACCAUCCACUUUCGUCAACUCUUAUGUCCAGAUCCCUUCUGUGAGGUGUGUAAUAGCACAACGGCUGAGGUCAAUCGGCUGCUGUUCUCAGAGGCCCUGGAAGAUGCUACUCCCUCCGUGAUCCCCUUGGUUUCCACAGCUCCUGUGACUGACUCAUCCUUCACUUCAUUCCCUGACUUCUCAGCAGUCCGUUCAGGAGACCUAUUACCAGUGCCUUUGCCUGAGCCUUCCCCACCCCACCCCACUAUCUUCUCACCUAACCCAGUGACCUCUUUAGCUGACUUUUUCUUACCCUCACCCCCCGGGCAGUCCCUGCCACUAGAGCCAAAUACCUUGGAUUCUGAAUUCCCAGUGACCCAUUCCAUACCCCAGCCCCUCGCCUUUCCCCCUCUCCUACUACAUGACAUUCAGAAAGGGGAUCCUGUCGUCCAACUAGAGGCCACUUUACCUCUGAAUACCAUCUCUGCUCUUGACCCCACCAUUUCACAAGAUAUCACCCUCUUACCAAAUCUGUCCCAGGCAAGGAAUCCCACUGAUUCGUUUGCUUGUCAUCAUACACCACCAACCUUGUCUGUUUUACCACCGCCAGACUGCACUUUAACUGUGACUCAAUCUAAAUCAAUGUCCAUCUCAAUGAAGCCUGAUCCUGUGAAGUCAUCUCCAGAUAGCCCUGGCUCAGGCCAAGAACGUGUACCUUCCCACAUCAGCACACUCCAAUUUUCAGCAAGAGCAAGUUUACCUCCAUCUACCAGAAACCUAUCUCUGGAGAGACUCUGCUACUAAGCACAAGGAGGUCAGUGCAAUUUCUUUCCCUGGCCUUCACUUCCAGGCACUCUUGGAGAGAGAAAUGAAGAAUAGAAUGGCUUUCCAGAUUUUAAAGAAGAAAGUAAAAGAGGAGGGGCCAUUUUCCAAACAAAUGUGGUCAGAAUACCAAUGGACAUCUGAAGGGAAUUUGCUGCAGCCAUUUGAUGUACAGGUCACCACAGCCCCCCAAACUGGCUGGAAUAUUGAAGGCAAACCAGAGCAGCUGCACAUUUAUCAGCAGCUCCUCCACGUCAAGUCUUUGGGGGAGAACUUGCCUCAGAAAUAUAGCCAAUUCUUCUGGGGUCUUCCUUCUUUGCACAGUGAGUCCUUAGUAGCCACUCUCCUGUUUUCUAGUAGUACUUCCCCACUAGGGUCUCACUUUGUCUUAUUCAAUGGAAUUCAUAAUACCUCUGCAGUCAAAAUGCACAAUCUAGUAUCUGCACCACUUUCUCGUUCCCAUCACCUUCCUCUCCCCAGUGUACAUCUCCAACCCUUGCCUCAAACCCUGUUCCAAUCCCAGCCCCUACCUUUCACUCAGGUGAACACCCAGGCCCAUUUUCAAUCCCGCCUCCCAAUCAUACCAUCUUCUUCAUCCCAGGUUAGGGACUGUGGAGUGUCUUUCCAUAGAUCCAAGAAUGAGUCAGACUCUCAUACCUUGACUGAACAUCAACACCUGGAAUGCCAUCUGUUGCAGAAGCAACAGGAAAGCUUGUGGGGUUUAGUCCCUGUGUUCCAGAAAUCUCAAGAAACCAUUUGUCCUCGAGCUCCCAACCUUCCAUUGGUUAGCCGGUCAUCCCAUGCCCACGUACCAGUCUCCAUCCUUCCUGGCCAUUUUCAUAUCACCUGUGAACCCCAGGACACAUGGGAGUUACAUAGUCCAAGGGAGGUAAUCCCAUGCUCCUGCCUCCAUGACUGUAGAAACCUAGAGUCCCUAGCACUGAUGGAGCCUCAGUGUAAAUUAACAGGAAUCUCUCAGCGAAAAAGCAGACAUGUUCACUCACAAUUCUAUGAGCUUCAGGGCCAUAGUAGCAAGGAUCUAGCAAAGACUGAACUGAAUCUCUCAGGAAGAUUCCGUGAGAGGGUCCCAAGAAAGUCCCAGCUAAGGAAGGAUAUGAGGAGGAAUCUUGGGUAUAUCCUAGAGAAGAGCCCACAAAGGGUCUCAGAAUGCUACCUAGUGAAGGGUCGCAGGGCUGCCUUGGAGACAACAAGUAACUGUGUGUGUCAUUCAAGGAAUCACUCAGGGAAUGAAUUAUUAAAUGUCUCAAGGAAGGAGACAGACCAGAAUCAAAUCAAAAGCGCUCUUAGAUUACAUAUGAGCAAGAAGUUUUGGCAGAUCACAGCGGGUAGGAUUCCUAUAGGUGUGUGUUAUUCAUGGCUGGCUGAUGACAAUACAUUGCCUUUCUCUGGGAGUUCCCAGACUACCUCAGAAAACACAAAUUCAAAAAAGACUCUGGUGGGUAGGGUUUACUGCCAGGUCACCACUCUAGGACUUUCUUUUCUUGAUCCCAAUACACGACAGGUACUAGAGGCACAUAUUAUAAGAUUUCGCAUGAGUCAGAGGUGGGGUCUACCCCUCAGGGUUCUUGAAUCCAUAAAAUUCUAUAUGUUGAGAGAAGCCAAAACAUGGCCUCUUCCCCAAGUUGACUUUCCCUCCUCAGCCAUGCAUAUUUCUGGGGUGGAUUCCAAAGCUGAGUUUUUUAAACCCCUUGAGGGAAGCUCCAAAACUUUUUUGGGAAACAGGGUGAGAACAGCAAAUUCAGUCCCCACCCUGGAUCAUCCUCUCCCUACUAUGUUAUCUGUGGGCAAUGCAGGAUGGGGGGUCCUGAAGGCAUCACACUCUCACACUGACCAGAGUCCUGCCCAGUGCAUCCAGAUACCUGAGUGUGGCAGCCAGACUUUUCAGCCCCUUACACACAGCAUCGGAGCUCAGGUCAGACCCAGUGAGACUGUACCAGAAAACACAUGUGGCCCAGAGGUGCCCACAAGGCAAGCUGCGGCUGGACAUGAGCCAAGGCAUGAGAAUGUGGGUUCCAGCAACAGAGUAGAAAUGGUACAGGGCAAAGUGAUGGUGGAGAAGAAUUUAGAAGAAUUUGCCAUGUCCAACCUGUCCACGGAUAUAUUCGACACCGAGGAGCUCCGUACUCUUCAAUCCCAAUCUUGUGACACCUUGACAACCAGUGAGUUGGGAAGCUCCAAAAUGAGAAGUGUCAGUAGGAGUAAGGUAGAAACUGCCCUGACCACUGAACAUCCGUCACCAAAAAUACUGGUUCCCCAAGAUUCUAAGCUAUCAGAGCUGAAAAGACAGCUUCUGCGUGAGUUAAAGUUUAAGUUGGAGAGUGAGGAACAUAACCAGGCUCAAAGAUGUCCCACUGACAUGCCCCUUACUUCAGAUAGCUUGACUUCCAAGGCUUCACUGACUCCGUCCCAGAGUGUCUGCAGCGGGGUCUUGGAAGCAUCCCAGGUGCUGCAUGUCCAAUUGGAGGAUAGCAGAAUUAGCAUGGGGCAGCAGCAGGAGUCCUGGGACUCUAAGGUGGCCUUCCGUAAGUGUCAGACUAAGAAUUUCCCACAAAGAAAAAGUGAAAGGAAAGUGAGACCUCAGGAUGAUUCCAAAGCAAGAAAAUGUAGAAGUGAGGACUCAGGAGUAGGGACAUCUGCAGGCAGAAAGGAGAGCUACCGUGUUGAGGACAGAAAAUUAGAGAGUGCUUCCCCAUCUCUGUCACAGAAUGAACAGUUUCCUCCUGAAAGUUACUUCAGAAAAAAGAUGAGGCACUUCCUUCAGUGGAUCAAGUCCAAGAAAAAAAUCACAGGGCAGCAGGAAUGUCCCCAGCAAGAAGGCAAGUUCAUGUCAACCUUAGUGCAGCACCAAGACCCAGUUGAAAGUGUGACUAGUUUUGUGAGCGAUGGGCCCCCUGAAGCUCACAAGCUCAUGACUACCACUGGGAAGGUCCUAGAAGAGAAGCUGGCAUGUAGGUACGGAUCUGAGGCCUCAGCAGUAAGCCAGCAGCAGGAGGAACUACAGGCCCAGGUAGGGCCUGCCCAGAGAUAUUCCUCCAACUAUUGGGCUCUCUCUGAGCCACAACAAAAGAAACGGGCAAGUAUCAAGUCCUGCAGCCAUGAAGCCGUCUGUGCUGACCAGAACCGUCUUAGCAGUGUCAGACAGAACAGACACAGGGUCAGAGAUCCCCGAAAAGUUGUGACCUUCAAGGGCCAGCUAUUAAGCCAGAGUCAACCCCCUUCUUCUCUGCCUUCCGGGGAGCCUGUGUCUCAUCCAAGCCCCACCUGUGUGCAUCAAGUAUGCCAGGUCCUUUCGGCCACCAGGGGUGACCCUGAUGAAAGUACUGUGUUUAGUGAUUUGACUCUUCUACUCAAGCAGAAAAUGCUUCUCCAGCACUUCCACAGAGAAAAAUUUCCCUGAAGAAAUCAUUCCAUCCUUGUUAAGAAAGCCUCACAGUUGUCAUGACAAUAUAUCCUCUGAUGAGGACAACCUUCAGCACAACUA